AUGCACAUAAAUAGUUCAGAUCGUACCCAUCAAAUCGCACACAACAAGUUUCAUUUAAAAAUUGACUAUCUGAAAUUUCAAUUACUGCAUCAAGGAUACCUAAAGGCUCAAUUUUGGGACCCGUCCUUUUUUGCUGUUCACGUCGGACAUUACCAAAAUAAUCAGCUCUUAUGGUUUCCCACAUCGACUUGCCCCAGCUACGUCUACGUAACAACCGGCGCCGGCAGCUCGUCAAUAAACGCACAGCCGCAAGGACAGUCAACUGACGCCAGUUGCAGGCAAGGUUGCACUGCUGAUCCUACAUGCCUGGCCUAUCAGGUUGAAACUAAUUCUGCCAAUGUCCAGUUUUGCUGGUUUCAAAAAAGUUCAGCUGACCUUCCAAACAAAUAUUAUCAGCCGAAUGUGAUUGAGUAUACAAAAAUUUGCUCCACCUCGACCUCUACCUCAAACAUAUGCGUGACUCAGUAUGUACAAGGAAACGCAAAUGAAGCUACAUCGGGAGCCAUACCACUCGCCACAUCAUCGGACCAACAAUGCGAACAGGCAUGCACUAACGAUGCAACUUGCAAAUCUUAUCAGUUAGAUAGCACUGCUGGAGCGGCCUGUCCAGUAAUUUACGAAGUUCCAACACCGAACCAGGUCUCUCUCGGCUCAACCCUUCGAACAAGCCUGACGAGGAAAUCAUGCGAAGGAGAGUGUUCCUCCAAUCCUUCAUGUGUUUCAUACCAGCUCGAAGUAAAUGCUGGAAAUGUUAUUUGCUGGCACCAACUUACAGCCAGCAACCUGGCAUACACGUACGUCACCAGCACAAUAACUGAAUAUGUUAAGCGAUGCGUUAAAGCCUGCACAAACAAAAACUUUGUCGAGUCUACAUCUUACGUGUCCAGAGGAGCCACUCAAACAGCUGGAAAUGCAGCCCAAUGCAGAGACACGUGCUUCAAUGACGAUAACUGUUUGUCCUACCAGGUUGAUAACCAAGGGUCCUGUUUCAUCCAAAGAGGACUCAAUCCUUUCGUUGAAUCCAACUUGUACGACAAGAAUCCUUCGAUCACUGAAUACAAGAAAGUCUGCGGUGUUUGGCCAAUAAUUGUGUCAACGCCAACAACUACAUCGACGAUUAUAGUUCCAUCGACACCAACAAGCUCCAGACUGUUCACAACUCCGACCCCUACAAUCAGAACUUUUAGUCUGACCACAUCAACACCCUCAACAUCAACAUCAACAACUACAUCAACAUCAACAACUACAUCAACAUCAACAACUACGAGAAUGAUUACAACUUCCACUACACAAAGAAUAGUACCUUCAACUCCAUCUUCUGGAUGUUUUACUUACUUGUGGUCUGAAUAUUUGGGCAACAAUGUGGCUGGAGGGACGUUCAACAGAGCAAACACCUUGGAUUCCUGCAAACAAGCAUGCAUCAACCUUCUACCCUGUGUGGCAAUUGACUUUGAUUUGAACAUGUCGCCAGCGGGUUGCUACAUUCUGACAACAACUGGUCCGAGGAAUUAUGCACCAGGAGUGAACCAUUACGACAUUAGUAGAGUUGAUUUGGGAUGCACAACAAAAGCUCUGCCAACGACGACAACACUGUCUGGCUCAACGGGACCAAAAUGCCCGUCCAUAGUGAAAAUGUAUGGGAUGAACGAUGAUGCAGGCACUCAAAUAGCAACAAACAUUGAUGAACAAGAAUGUCUAGCAAGAUGCAAUUUAGAUGCGUUGUGCUUAUCUGUUGACUAUGCUCUUUCUACCAGAAGUUGUUUCAUACACAGAAUUAUCACUGGUGCUCAAGGACAAGCAAACAGUUGCUGCAAUAGAUACAUUAGAUGCUCAGCAACUGCUCCAAAUUAUCCGAACGCCUGCUUGAACGACUUUUCAUCAACCUCAAACUCCAGCCCGGACAAACUUAAAAGCUAUAUGCAAAUACCUAGCCAAAACCUAGACUCAUGCAAAGAAAGAUGUCUAAACACAAAUUGUACCGGUUUUACAUAUAUCGAUUACACUAGCUCGUGUUAUCUUUUCAGAGGAGAAGUUAGUUCAAUAUCUUUUGAAUCUGGAUCAACUUUUUAUUCAAGGAGUUUUUGUAUUCCGGAUCUACCGGCUCCAACGACCAGAGAAUGUUUUGUUGACUUAGCAAUGCUGCUGGAUAACUCUGGAAGCAUAAAUGAGGGAACUGAUGUUGAUAACUGGGAAUUACAAAAAGAUUUUGUUCAAACAGUUGUCUCAAAAUCAAUAAGAUAUGGCUAUUAUUUGGAUCAUUUGGCUAUAGUAACUUUUUCCAGCAACGCUCAAGUUGUUCUUAAUUUCACAAACUAUUAUUCAAACUUUGCAUCUCUUUUGAGUUUCAUUAAAGCGUUGCCUUUUGCCGGUGCCGAGACAAACCAUCCGUCAGCUAUAAAAGCUGGUCGCGAAUUAUUUCAAUAUGCAAACGGAGGAGCCAGACCGGAUCAAGUUCCAGUUAUGGUGAUGAUAACUGAUGGAAGCGUCAGUUCUCAGUGGAGAAAUAUGUUUUCACCGGAAGUUGCCUUGUUGCAGAUAACAAACAUUAAAAGAUUUGCUAUCGGUGUUGGAAACAAGAUAAGUAUGGAUGAACUGAGCAGAUAUGCGUCACCAGGGGGCGUCGCUUGGGUCCCGUCGUUCUCACAAAUCAAUUUAGCUUUCAACAACCUCACACUCUUCAUAAACCAGUUCUCCUGCAAGUCUGUUACGCAAACCGGUGUACCAACAAGAGUUAUCACUACAACAACGUCAACUACUACCACGACAACUAGACAGAUUAUGACUACAACCAGUGCACAAAGUUUUCCUCAAACGGGAACCGACUGUACGUUUGGAGUUGCAUUAAAUGGAAUGCGAACUGGACAAACGGAUCCACUCUUAGUGGACGUUGUACUUGCCAACAGACUGAAUGGUUGGACUCAAAACAACGAUCAAUGCAGAAUGGAUUUGGACUCUUCAUUUAAUUUCGUGGAGAUAUGUGCUGGCAUACCUCCUCGAGCCACAGCACGACUGCAAACAAAAGGAGCUUAUCCCUCACCAAUUGGAUUUGACUGGCUGUCUACGAUGAAUGAUGGACUUGAAACAGGUUGUAGAUCAGCUGUGGCAUUUUUCACGAAGGGUGUGACCAUCAGCUUGAACUUGUUAAGUGGCAGCGUAGUCAGCACAAACAGUCAAACAGCGUGGUCCUCGUUCAGUAUCACAAACUCCAUGUAUAACAAUAAACAACUAUUUAGUGGAUUCAGCAAUGAACGUUACUCUGAGUAUCAGAUAAUUAGAUUUCCCAAUCCAUACGUCAAUCCAACCGACAACAUUUUCAACACAGCUGACAACACAUACGCCUGCAAAUCAAAUACGAAUUACUUCAUCAGUUUCUCCGCAGGAGUAUCCGCAUACACACAGGCCCAGAUGGUGAUUGAAGGAUUGGACGGUAUAUACACCGCGCAAAGAAUGAACACAAACACCGACGGAGUGACAACAAUGUCUCGCUCACUAUUUCUUCCAUGCUCAUCAACAAUCAGACUCGUAAACAAUUAUGGAAAUAUUGAGCCUGGGAUAAACUCAAACUUAAUCUCGCUGGUGAUCUUCCCGUACGGUGUGAUGCAAGGAACGUCGGCUGCUUGGUCUGCAUACAGAAGCAGUAACUCAAACGCUGCAGAUCCUCUAACAUUCGACCAGUGGCGUAUCAGUCAAAAUGUAGGAACAAGCAACAAUGCCAUAGUUACCAUAAUUAUAAGAGGUUACUAUUAUAUAUAUGCAAGUAUAGGCGCUCCAGCCGCACAGAAAACAUCUGUCAGCUUGAGAAGAAACAAUGGAGUCGUGUUUAAUAUAGAUAGACUUUCAACAAACUCCAAUGGAGUGGAUAUCCUGGGGCACGGUGCAGUUAUUCUUUUAGAAGCAAACGACGUUCUCAAAGUUGUAGUUGAAAGCAACGGAGCAAUAACAAGUAAUUCUUACGGAUACCACACAUCCUUUUUUGGCUUUUUGCUUUAUUAACGCAAUAUGUGAUUGACUUUCGAAUGCGAUUAACUGGAUGACUGUCAUGUCCCGUUCUUGUCUAUUUAAAAUCCAACAUGUACAUAGCGGCCCUGAUUGAUUCGCAUAUUUAUUGAAAAAUGUAUAACGCACGUCUCAUAUGUGUUUUCGUACCUAAUUUUACUUAUUUAUUUGUUAAUCUUUGAUACAAAUGAUAAAUUAAUAAAUGAAUGAAGCCUCAACGUCCGAAUGUGGGGAUUAUAUUGCCAUGUAAUCCUGCUGGCAGAAUUACCUUUUUGAUCAUUCGUAUUUAGACCUUUAACCGUCUUUAAUGAUUAUCAUUUUAUUUUAAAAGUAGAACAUGGAACAUAUGAAUUUAGAUAAAUUAUUUCCUGAAUGAUUUUCUGUUAUUUUCUGUUUAAAACUGUAUUAAUUUGAUUAACCGACUUACAGUUUUAUAAAUAAAUUUUGAAAAGUUGCCCA